UGCUAUACCAGUCUUUCCAUAACACAUUUGCGGAUACUACAAUUUAUUUCGCGUGCCCGUUGGCCAUUUUUAUAAGACCUAGUUAUUUGUCUUUCCUGAAGUUGUUCUUUGUUGCCAGUGUUAUUAAACUUUAGUUGGUAAUCAGACUCACAUUGUUACGGCUUACAUCUUCUCACAUCAUUUAGAUAUACGAAAGCGCUAUAUCAUUGCCUUGCCAAGUUUGAGAAAAGUCUUCCCGGCCAUGCUGUUCACGUGUGGCCGAUGUUGAUUUCCUCAGAAGACAAGGCCUAUGAUGUAGAUGCCCAUUCUUCUACUUAUACUUUGUAAUUUUAUUUUACUUGUAAAACGGUUCCGAUUUCUCUGUUGUUCGCAACUCCAAAUUAUCAUAUAAGUCUUCUGCUGUAUGCAACAAAUUUGAAAUGGAGGGUAUGGAAAAUUCUUUGAGUGAUUCGCAGUUGCUUCAUGAUGUGGAUCCAGACGACCCAGAAGGAGAUGAGCUGUACAAAGAUUUUAGUAAUAUGCGAGAGUUUCAUGUAUUGGAUGAAAUUGUGGAAACAAAUGCAAACGAUGAUGAUGAGUGCAAGGAAAAUUCAGAAACAGAUUUUAGUAGUUCUAAUGAAGCAGACAGUGAAGAAGAUUAUGAUAUUCAAGAUGAAGAAAUAGAUGCUAUGCUAGAGGAAGGUUUGCCGGAGGAAAUGAAAUGCAGAAAAAGAUUCAAAAAAGCAGAUGGUAGUUCCAAACCAUCAGCCAAUGGUGAUGCAAGCAUGGCAUAUGAGGAAAAGGAAAAAAUUGUUCUUGAGGAAAAGGGUAAAAAUCAUUUUGAAGUUUUGCCGGAGAACUGGGUCCAAGUGACGCAUAACAGUGGAAUGCCCAUCUACCUACACAAGCCAACACGCGUUUGCACGCUCGCCAAACCCUAUUUUCUCGGACCUGGAAGUGCCAGGAAACACGCAGUACCAAUCAGCGCAGUACCUUGUCUUCAUUACCAAAGAGCCAAAGAGAAAGAGGAAAAGAAAGCCGAAGAGUUAUCAAAAGCCUCAAAUAACACAACAGAAGACGGGGCCACACCUAUUGUUCCCGAGAUUCCCUGUGCUCGCAUCGAGUCAGUUCAAGAGAACCAAGCGGCGCAUUCACUCAAUGGAGUUCAACUGCGCGAGUACUGUUGUAAGCGGUUCGAUUUCAAGACCGUCCGUCUUAUGCGGUUCAAAACAUGGGCAGCUAGACGAAAGCAUACCAAGCUGCGAAAGCAACGACAAGUUUACCCCCUCACGAAUACUGCCUUGAACGAAGACAGGAGAUCUGUGACUGGCACGAAUCAUAGUGCUGAUGAGGAUGAGGAUGUCAAACUUUCGAAAACAGCCGAACUGGGCCGGCCAACUUUGCCUAAAGGAACCAAGCUAAUAACUUUCCCAAUCGGACAUUCCAUACCUACUACCCACAAUGACCCUACCACCCAGACAGAGGGUCAAAGUACGGGUGGUGGAACCAAUGGAGGGUCGCGAAGAGAGUGGAUUAUGAACCCCGCGGGAAAGAGCUACGUUUGUAUCUUACACGAAUACGUACAACACGCGCUAAAAAAGCAACCUGCUUAUACAUUUAAGGAAAUCGAGAAUGCAGCUACACCGUAUAGUGCAACAGUGUUAAUCAAUGGUAUGCAGUAUGGCACGGGAGUUGGAUCGAGCAAGAAGGCUGCCAAGGCCGAAGCAGCAAAGGCAACGCUAGAAGUUCUCAUUCCACAAAUGAAGGAAAAGAUAUUGGACGAAGCUGAACCAGGACACAAGGGACCAAAUCAUCAAUCUGACCUAGACCUUUCCUUCUUCAACGAAAUUCGGAUUGAGGAUCCUCGUGUUGCCGAAUUGUGUGCCAAAACAAGUGAGCCAUCUCCAUAUGCCAUACUGCUCACAUGUCUUCAAAGAAACUUUGGUUUGGGCGAUAAAAACGUUAAGUACGAACUGAAAACCCUCAAACAUCAGAAGAACGAAGUAAUUAUGACGGUUGGAAAGCACACUGUUCAAGUACCAUGUAAGAAUAAAAGAGAUGGUAAACAGAGGGCAGCCCAGGCUAUUCUCCAGGCACUGCACCCACACAUCUCCAGUUGGGGUUCACUGUUGCGUCUUUACGGUUCCCAUUCGCUUAAAACGGUCAAAGAGAAGAAGCAAGAAGAACAACAGAUCACUUUACUGCAGAGCAAAGCAGCCGUCAAUGCACCAAAUUAUGCCAUUUUGAACAAAUUGAGACAAGAAAUGCUGAAGCUCAGGCAAAUGAGGGAAGCUGUACAGCCGAUAGGCCGUUUUAUUCCGCCCGAUGAUGUAGGUAUGCCUUCAACGUCCGGCGCAGAUCUAAAAAAUGUCGAUCUCUAAGUCAAAAUCUCGAGCAAGCUUACAAUAACUGGUCGCUUAUCCCGGAUAAAUCACCAACUGAAGUAAGAAAAGA